AUGGAAGCUUCAACUCCAUUUUCAAACAUACCUAUUGAAAUCAUUCGACUUAUACUUUUACAAUUGUCGGUGAAGUCUGUGAUUCGGUGCCAAAGCGUAUGUAAACAGUGGCUUUUGUUGAUAGAGGACUCAGAUUUCAAGCUCUCCUAUCCUGGACAACGACGAGUGAUCUUCUUCUUGCUGGAACCCAAAAGCCGAUAUUAUUAUGGCAAUAGUUCCAGAGUGGAUGUUAGAUCCGCAGGCUAUGACCUUCGUCUUCAAAGGCAUAAACGGCCUUUCGGAGGGGCUUAUUCAUGGAUUCGUGCAAGCGACAAAGACUGUGUUAGAUUGUGUUCUUGCAACGGGCUUGUGCUUGUGGUGACUGAGAGAGAUAUUUUGUUGUGGAACCCGUCCACCAGGUGUUCGACAAAAGUCCUCGAGUGGCCAUAUCCGGAACAGUCAAAACGGGUUAUCCUUACAGGGUUAUGUUACGACCCCUGCACUAGAGAUUACAAGGCCGUCCUAUUACUUUGCAGCCAUCCAUUUGUCAUCUCUGUCAGCCUCAAUCGCAAAGAGUGGCGACCAGUGGAGUUCCCUUAUAGCUUGCUUUGUGUUGGAGGCGGUGUUGACUUUCGCAAUACGUUUCACUGGUGGGUAAGUGACAUCAGAUAUCGGGAUAGGGAUUUCUCGUCAGGUAAUAGGAUCGUAUAUUUUGAUCCUGCCCAUGAUGAAUUCAGAAUCUUGCCCACCCCCAAACUGAGGCACGGAAGAGAAAACUCGAUAGUUGGGUUGGGGGUUAUAGACGACUGUUUUUGCAUGGCAUGCAUUGUCCAGGUAGAAGAACCUAAAGCCAAAAUCAAAAUGAUACAAGUAUUGAUUAUGAAGGAAUAUGACAGAAUAGAAUCAUGGAUGACUGCGUUUUCUAUCCAAAUGCCUGAACAUCCAGAUAUUUAUGGGAGUUAUGGCUUCACAUUAACAUUCUAUUCUCUAAAAAAGAAUGCACAAGAAGUACUAUUUCUGCGUAAGGGUAAGGGUGUGGAGUGCUUAUAUAUUUAUGAUCGGAAGAAAGAUGAACUGAAGGAAGUUCUGUUGGACUUCCAGGCCUUGACUUUUUAUCGUAGAGACAUUGCUAGUAUGUGUUUCUAUGUUGAGAGUCUUGCUUGCCCCGGCCACAAUGGAUUGUUGUCCCUAUGA